AACUGCCAUUUUAUUUUGCAAAUUGUGUGUGUUCGCUCGGCGUCGGUUCUGAAAAGCCAUCACAAUAUUCCAACUCCCAUUCACAAUCAAACAAACAUUCAAUCAUUCAACUCGAAGUGUUUUCAUCAACGGAACUCAACAAUAGCUAUGGACGUUAAAAACCAUUCGGCGGCGGCGGAUACAAAUCGGCCGGCAAGCACCUCCUCCAAAAGGCAACGUCCGGCGGCAGAGACGAAGGAGAAUGCGCCCUCGCACGACUACAAUCUGCGGCAGCGGGGCAAAGCGACGGCCGGCCAGGACGACGUGUUCGAGCGCAACUACCAGUACGCCUUCAUCUACAAGGCGAAGCACCAGAAAGCGGUGAAGGAACAGGAGGAGGCCCACGCAAGCUUGGCGCACUUUAAGGCCCAGCCAAUGCCGAUCGGGUCGCCGCCGCGCCGUAUCCGGAUGCCCCAGUUCACCAUCCCGCACACGCCGGAGGUGUUGAAGCACCAGAACAAGAAGCAGGCGGUGGAGUGAAGCAAAGCAAACGUUAGCCUUAAGAACCUUAGUUAGGAUAGGAUUGAUUUGAGCCGGAAGGAAGCAGCAGAAAGAAGACGAUUGUGUAGAGAGGAUAGAAUAGAUGUGUCAUAUAAAUAGUUUUGUAGAACAAUGUAAAAUGCAGCAGUGUGAUAAACGAUUUUAAUGCUUGUAACAAUGUCGCGUGCAUCGAUGGCAUACAUAUUUUACUUUUUCCCUUUGCACGCGUACCAGUGGGUCGGGAUUUUGGCAAAUAAUCGUGCAACCAAAUACAACAUUUCACUUUUCAAAUGCUACUAUAGAUUUAAGCGUU